AUGCUAUCGUCCUCACUGCGUCGGGCGGCAUGGGCGCCAAUAGCGCCAGUUUCUGGCGUCUGCCGCUCUUCUAGCCAAGGCCUGGCGACGUCCUCCACUGGCAUCGUCCGUCAACGCCGCUAUUCUUCGUCAUCCUCCUCCAAACCAAGCGACGGCUCGAGGAGGGUCGAAACCUCGUCUCAAACGCCCGCGAAAGAAGUUAACUCUGGAGAGAAGCGUGACGGCAAGUCCUCAAAGCGGAGAGGAAAGGAUGGCAACGGUAGUGGCCGCAACGGAUCCAAGUCCAGCCAGCCGAACGCCUUUUCGAGACUCCCAAGUGUUCCUUCGACGCAACACUUGCAGCCGCAUGAUGUUCAGCUUGCGUCGUUCUUUUCUAUCCACCGCCCCAUCUCCGUCUCUACUACCGUUCCUCCUACAUCAAGCCCGGAAGCAUUUGGCUCGAUAUUCACCAAGCAGGCCUCGAAGAAUGAUGCGGGCGAUGUGAUGUUCACACUUUCUUCCGCCGUCGACUCUAUGGAGAACGCUGCGCAUCAGUUUGCCGAGAACGACGGCGCUUUGGGCGGCUACGAGGCUGAGAAAGGCCAGUUGGAUGCACUGGACAUGUCCGAAUUGAAGGUUUCUGUGGAGGAAAUGACGAAACGUCUUCGUCCAUUCAACCCCCCGCCGCCUCCGACUCCUUACACGGCCGCUGCGGAAUCCGCGGAUCAACAACAACCUCAGGGAACCUCGAGCUAUUCCACUGUCUUGACCAUCCAGGAGUCCACUCUCUCUGAUGGAAGCAAGACCUACGAAGCUCACACAACCCCGUUCGUCCAAGGCCGCAAUAUGGAAGCUCCUGGAGCUGGAGAACCCGAAGCUGCUAUCGACACCCCUCAAAACUCGCAGACCACCUACAUUGAACGUCUACGAAACAACCGGACCAUGCACGCGAUUAGCACACGGAGACGGCGCCAGCGGAAGAUGAAGAACCACAAGUUUAAGAAACUUCUGCGCAGGACGAGAACACUGAGGCGGAAGCUUGACAAGGCCUAA